AUGGCAAUGGCGGAAGUUGCAGCCACUCCAUCACAUACCUCGGCUGCCGGGGCCACGGUUCCUGCAGUUGCAGCCAGCUCUUCUCGGUCAAAAAGUCCGCUUCUGUUCGCCUCGUCGUCUUCUACUCCACGUGCGAACCUACAUACGCAUCACCAUCCACACUCACAGGUCAAUAACGACCAACGUCAGCAACCCGUGCAGUCACAAUACAACCCUACGAGUUCCCCCGGCGAUGGGAGCUCAUCCUCUUUCUUUUCGCAUCAUCAGCGACUAUCCCCGCCGGGCUCGAUGCUACUCUCUACAUCAGGAGGGAACAUACCCCGAGGUCUACCACCAAUUGUUUCGCCAAUGACCAGCGCAAGUCAACCAGGACCUUCGGUAAAUGAUCCGCGGCAACCAAUUUCACCAAGAACAGUAUCAAUGGGGUUGAGUGACUCGGCGCAAGGAUUGGAUGGUAUUUCUGGUGAUACAGCACCGCGAAAAAGAUCUAAGGUGUCGCGCGCUUGCGAUGAGUGUCGUCGUAAAAAGAUACGAUGCGACGCGACUUCGGAGUCAGGGGUAGAACAAUGUUCGAGUUGCAAGCGAGUAGGAUCGAAAUGUUCAUUUAGUAGGGUACCUAUGAAGCGAGGGCCAAGCAAAGGCUACAUCAAAGAAUUGGCCGACAGAUUAAACACCCUUGAGAAUUCUAUUUCUACAGGUGAUCUACACUCGUACGGCUCGGGUAUGACGGGUGAAGGAGACCAUUCACCGGGGCCGUCCGACUCUACGUCUCCACCACCGAAUGGACCCCCCAGCGCAUCAAAGAGUCGAAAGCGAGCGCUCUCUUCUUCAAGCGAUUUCCAAACCUCGAUGCACCUCCAACCUUUAUCGCAACCCACAGGUAGAUCAAACGAAAGACUACCAUCUAUAGAUUCCUUUCAUCCUACAAACCAGCAUCAGCAUCAACAAAGAGCGCAACAUCUGCAGCACGAACCCCAGCCACAGCGACAGCUGCCCCACCCCCAGCAGCAGCCCCCGCCCCCGCCCCCUCUUCCACCUCCUCUCACUCACCCGCAUCAGCCGCAACCCCAUCAAUCGCCUCUCCAGCCUCCAUCAUCUACAUCUGAGAUGCCGUCGGGAUAUCGAACUAUCUCUCCAACCAGUAUGAGCCAAUAUUGGAAGGGGGGAUCAGAUGUUGGCGGCCGGCGCCAGAGUGUUAGUUUCCCCUUCGAUGCACCCGACAUGCAACGAUCGGCGGCGAGUUCGACGCCAGUUGACUUGUGUGGGUUUGACUGGGAUGACCAAGCUAUUGAUCAGUACUACGAACUCAUACAUCCCACCUUUCCGUUGCUAUCGCACUCAAAAGACCGUUUGCAUCAACGCCUAGCUAAUAGCUCCCUCUCCGUCCGGGAAGCUUUCCUGGAAGCACUUUAUUCUACCGUGCGAACAAACCCAUCUUCAACUCUUCGGGCAAACUCACCAGUAGCGAAUGCGAAGAGGGUGUGUGAAUUGACUGUGGCAUCUCAGUUCGAAACCCCCGCUGUGAGAACCAUGCCUACAACUCUUUUGUAUCUACAGACAAUGAUACUUAUGGGCCUUGAAGCCGAUAACCACGGACCGGCAACCAUACAUGGGCAAUUUGGGCCGCCGAAAGCAGCGUGGCUUGGCGCAGCUGUGGGGUUGGCAUACAACCUCAAGUUACACAACAGUCAGAGCCGAGAACAGCCUUUGGGUGGUGACCCUGACUCCGACGAAAAGCUUGGUAGACGGGCAUGGGUAGUGUUAUUUGUGUUGGACCGUUGGCAUGCGAUAAGCACUUCAAGCCCACUAUUUAUACCAGACUCAAGCUUCGCUUUUGUGCCUGAUGAUCAGAAAUUGCUUGGGUUGGCCCCAUACUAUAUUGCACGUCUCUCCUAUAUUUUGGGGCAUCUCGCAGAAGCAUUUACUAUCACAGUCGACUCGGUAUCGGCGGCGCCAUUCAAGCCUAUUAUUUCAAAAAUCCUUCGUAGCGAGCUCGAGCUGUUUCGGGAAAGCGUGGAUGAUAUAUGGGGUUCCUUAAAACUUCUCCAUGUAGCAUACCAUCAUGUUAAGCUUUUAACUCUUCGACUCAAUUCGGCAGAACCACAUCAGCUUUUAGGCCCUGCUCAGCACAUCACAGUCAUGCUGGCGAAUCCCCAAAUACCUACCAUGCCGCUCAACCAUCAUUUUGCUGCGCUUUCUCUCAUGACUCUCAUGGAGUUGAGCGAGAUUCCAGAAACAAGAGAUGAGGCUUGGAAAGGUAUUCAGCAGCUUGCAGAUACAUUGGAGGAUCGUAAGGGUGUUACUACCAAGGAAGACAAUUUGGGAUGGGAUUUUACUCUCAAGGAUUUGAUCAAUAAACGGAAACAGGAACGGUUUGGUAAUUCUAAUCCUGGUAUGUCAGAUAUACCACCUCGGCAUGGCAGUCUACAACAUUUGGCAGAAUUGGCCGUCGGCGAGAGAAGUCCAACUGGGACACCGACGAAUCCACUGAAUAAGCAGUUGGAUACGGAGCGGCUGCAGAAGCAUGGAUAUCUGGGUUCGAUACUGUUGUAA